CGUCGUUUCAAUGGAAAACGAGCUUGAAGGAAGCGUGUUGAUGUGAUGAAUCUCGAUAGUAGCAUUAUUUAUCCGUCGUCGAUGGCUACCGUAACUUGUAGAGGCUUUAAUAUUUUUAUUUUACUUUUAACUCUUCUUAAUAAUGACGUCGAUGGUUAUCGUGCCGUGGUCGUUAUUCAUGGAGUGCUCACUGGAAGCAACAGUAUGGAACUUAUCAGUAACAGAAUCCAAGAAAUGCACCCAGGAACCGAGAUUUACAAUAUUCCAAGAUAUGCUGGAUGGAGUAGUUUGGAGUCAAUGUGGCAUCAAGUAGAAGAAAUAGGCAUGGACAUUAUGUCUAUAGGUGUUGUAUUUCCAGAAGGAAUAAAUUUAAUCGGUUACAGUCAGGGUGGUUUAUUAGCUAGAGCGAUACUACAGAGGUUUCCUGAUCACAACGUCAAGAAUUUCAUUUCACUAAGCUCACCACAAGCUGGACAAUAUGGGACUCGAUUUUUGCAUUUAUUCUUCCCUGAUUUAGUGUGUGAAACUGCCUAUGAACUGUUCUAUUCGAGGAUUGGCCAACACACUAGUGUUGGGAAUUAUUGGAAUGAUCCUCAUCAUCAAGAAUUGUAUCACAAAUAUAGUAAUUUCCUUCCAUAUGUGAACAAUGAAAAGAAUUCGACGAAAAUGCCGACAUUCAAACAAGGUCUCACCAAGUUAAAACGAUUGGUGCUUGUUGGAGGACCUGACGAUGGUGUUAUUACUCCGUGGCAAAGUAGCCAUUUCGGAUAUUAUGACGUUAACGAAACUGUGAUAGAUAUGCGUGAUAGAAGUAUUUAUAAGGAUGAUUUAAUUGGACUAAAGAUAUUAAAUGAAAGUGAAAGACUUGUUCUCAUCACAGUUUCAAAUGUCACUCAUAAUGAGUGGCACAAAAAUGUAUCUAUAGUCGACGAUUUUUUAUUGCCAUAUUUAGAUUAAUAUAGCGUAACUAUAGAUGACAUGCAAAAAAUUCCAAAGGUCAAAAAUCUUUGAUGACGUUUAGUGUCGAGUUCAUUAUACAUAUCUUGUGAAUAAUUCCCUCGAAUAAUUUCCAUACAAAGACGAACGCAUAUAUUUUUGACGCUUCAACAAAAGCGAUUUUUAAGGAAAGAAUUAUCUAUUAAGGCAGCUCAAAUAAUAAAUAUAUAUACAUUCACUUUUGUUAAUAAAUGUUUACUAUUUUUUUCAACACAAAAUAGAGUAUCUUGAGUAUGUGCCAGGUUAUUAAGUAUCAUUAAUUUAAAUAUAUAACUUACAAUCCUAUAUAGAAAAUAUAAGUUCAAUGUAGAUUAUUACAUGUCUUAACAAAAUAAUUAAGUAUUUAAAAACUUUUAUUGUGUGUAAAUCGAGUGAUGAGAUCAAGAGCCCAUUUUGGCUGAUCACUAGGAACUAAAUGUCCUGCAUUUCUUACUAAAACCUCUGUCAAAUUAUCAACAGUCUUUGAAUACCCAGCCAAUUCAUUUCCAACGUACCAUAUUUUCCUUUUGGCUGUUUUGUACUUCUCUGCUCCAGGCCAUUUCAAGUUUUGAAUAUAUUUUUCUGUCAAAGGAUAUGCCACAAUAAUAUCAAGUUGUCCAUUGUAUAUAAGUACUUUAUAAUGUUGAACAAGAUCCUCUAUAAGACUUGCCAAAGACUGCAUAACAUCACUUAUCAAAUAUUCCUCUACUUUCUUAGAUUCAGCAUUGAAAGUUAUAUUGCCAACAUGUAAGGCUUUUCUAACAUCUGCUGUUUGAAGCCAUUGUAUCAUAUAAUCAGAAUCGUUAUUUGGUUCUUGAGGAUGCAAAAAGUUAAAGUAAUAAUUGAAACCAGUCAAAUUGUUAAACAAUGAAGGUUGUUUACUGAAAUCACAAUCAAGAAGCUCAUCAAACAAAUAGAAGGCUUGUAUAUAUUUCUUUUGCUCGAUUAAAUUUUUACACUUUUCUUCAUAUUUAUGAAACUGAUCUCUGCCAUUUGCAUCAAGUAAGCCUAUCUGAUACAAAUAAUCCCCAUAUAGCAAUUGAUUCACUGGAUCAGUAAAUCCAUUCCCAAUUGCUAAACCUUUUAAAUUUAUUUUUGUCUGUGCAUUGAUAUUGUAAUCUUUAAUAGCAUGAGAUACAGCUGGUACAUAUUUUCCUCCAUAUGACUCGCCAGUGACAUAAAAGUCAUUAGUUUGAAGCUCUGGGAAUAACUUAAAGAACUGAACUAACGCAGUAUGUAUAUCCCUUCCUACGUUUGUUUCAUUGGUAGCAUAGCCUUUUUCAUCCUUUGUGAAACUAAAUCCAGUGCCAACUGGAUUAUCAAUAUAAAGCAAAUUAUGACACUUGUUCCAAGAGUAUUCACGCAUUUCAAGAGUUUUAUUUUUAGUAACUAUAAAUGGACCAUUUUCCAAGAAUAAACCAAACAUGGAUGUGGCACCAGGACCACCUUGUAGCCAUAAUACUACAGGAGCGGUUUUUGGAUUAUGCAAGGCCGGGAAAAACCAAAAGAACAUGUUCGAAUUAUACUGUUUGUUGACAGUUAAAUAACCAGCAUAGCUGCUUAUAUCGUCCAUUUCUUUGUAUUGUACAGAGGCUUUAUUGCGAGCCUCAUCUAUUUUACCACUUUCAAUAAGAGGUGUCAGAAAAAGGGGUGUACCGCAGUCUUCUUCAUUCUGAAGCGGAUAAUUCUUUGGUUUAGGAUAAAUGUUUGUAAAUCCUUUGGCGAUUGAAACGAAGAGUAAUGUUUGUAAAAGUAACACGAGUUUCUUCAUCGUAUUUUACAAUCACAACAAUCCUAAAGAUAAUGUUUUACACAACUAUUUCUAAACCGCGUGCGACAAAGAGCAAGACGCAAUUAACGUGUUUCGAUAGAGAAUAAAUCUUUAUAUACCGGCGGGAUAAAGUUACCAACAUAACAGAUACAAUCAUCACAUUCGCUCAGUCGAAAUAAAAAUUCAGUGAAAUUUUGAAUUAAGUGUAUUUUUAAUUAAACUUGGAAUUCGAAUUAAGAGAAAUAUUUAAGAAUUUUUUUCUAUUUCAAGUUUCUUUAAAAUUGAAUAAAGGGUGAAUGAAAUAAGCACUAUUCGCGCCAUCAAAGAACUGGAUUCGAC